CAUCUACAUAACUUUCAAGUCAGUCUUCUUGGUGUUUAGCUUUCUGACCAUGGCACACGUCGUUCAGCCUCUGGAUCAGCCUUCGAACUACAAGGACUCUCAGAGCAGAAUAGAACGAGUGAAACAGAAUGACCUCCUCUCCAAAUCCACAACAUUAUACAUUGGUAAUUUAAGUUUCUAUACCACAGAAGAGCAGAUAUACGAGUUGUUCACUAAAUGCGCCAGCCCGGAGGACGGUGGAGGUAUCAAGCGAAUUAUCAUGGGCCUUGACCGAAACACACGCACACCAUGCGGGUUCUGCUUCGUGGAGUACUACACUCAUGCAGAAGCUCUUGCUAGUAUGAAGUAUGUGAGCGGCACCAAACUGGACGAGCGUAUCAUUCGGUGUGACCUGGACCUGGGCUAUAAGGAGGGCAGGCAAUUUGGAAGGGGGAAGAGCGGUGGUCAGGUGCGAGACGAGCACCGCCAGGAUUAUGAUCCAGGACGAGGUGGAUGGGGGGCACAAGCACAGAGGCUUGAGGCUGAGCGGCGAAGAGAAGUGGAGGAACGGUACGCGGACGCACAAGAAGGACCUGGUGCUGUUGCCGGUGGAGGCGGUGACUGGAAAGAAACUGAAACGGUGGUUCCUUCUCGGAAGCGCGGACGAUCACCAGACGAUGAAGGAGACAACGUUCGUAUGGGUCAUCAUCGUUCACGUGCAGAUGACAUGGAAGUUGAACGAAUGUGAACGUACCAGUAUGGCUAUUACGGUUUGAUUUCUUUGCACUCUUACUCUUUGCACGAGACAGACAUCAAAAUGUGAAAUUAUACAAUACUAAUUUAUGAGAUGCAUGAGCCGAC